GCCAACUCUUCGACAGUCUUCCAAUCUUCUCAAGUCUCAUCCACACUCCUCAAUUCUCCAACUCCUCAACACUUCCACACCCUCCCCCACCAUGCGUUUCACCCAGGUUCUCUUCUGCCUCGUCGGCGCUGCCGUUGCUGCUCCGCACUCCGGCAUGAUCGACACGGCCGAGCUCCGCGACGUGGGCACCAUCCACACCGAGGCCAACUACCAGGGUGUGUCUCAGUUCAUCCUCGAGAACCGCAAGGACCUGCAAUGCUAUCCCAUCAACGUCGGCAUGAAUGACAAGGCCCAGGGCAUGCACAUCGGUGCGGUGCAGAUCUGUCAGAACGUCCACUGCCGCUUCUACACGGGCGACAAGUGCGACGGUUCUGAGGGUGACGAUUGGUGCGCCGAGGCCUCAGGCCCUGGCGACAUUCCGGAUCUCAAGACUCCCGCUGGCAACCUCUUCAAGUCCUACGCCUGCACUGAAGGUGGCGUUGGCAGUUUCGCUAGGCCUGCCAACAUCAUCCUCGAGACGGUCCCUCAUGACGCUUCGGCGGGCAUGUAGGAGGCUGUCUCUUACACCUCUUCUCUCCGAGCUGUAUCGACUCGUCGGCAUAGCAUCGUCUUUCGGUUCUAUAGGCAGCUCAAUGACCUCUUAGCAUGGCGUUCGGUGGAGAUCGGUCGCCGAUAUACCUACAUAACAGGUUGAUAUAUG